AUGUCGGCAGGACAUUCGCAGCCCCACGUGUUGUACUCGGUGCAGAACAUUCGUGCCUUCCAUGUUCAGAAUGGCGAGGAGGGUGAGAUCACCACGUCGGGACCUCAAGAGUUGCAACUCUUGAUGAUACCAACCUCAUCUCCUUUCGCCGAUCUGUCCACUGCCCACCCUUCAAGUACUGCACAGGAAGAAGAUUUCUAUCUUCACCUCCGUCUCCCACCAGAGCUCGACCAACCUCUACCAGCAACGACACAAAUCUACCAUAAGCCUCCUUCCAGCUACCUGAUUCCGAGAUGGGGUCUGGGUCCUGACUCCGGCGCCUUCAUCCGCAUCCAGUUUCCAGGAAUCGGUCGCGGCCCAGGCAAGGUAACCCAAGAGGAGGUUGACACUUUUGAGACCAUUUUGGCACAAUGUACAGCGUUUCUUGAAAGGGCUCCACCGCCAGAUCAUGCUCGCUACGAUCCUUCAUCCUAUAGACCAGGCGAGGGAUAUGCAAAUACCGCUUUGCCAGCCGACAUCAAACCGUCUCACCAUGGUCAGAUCGUCUUGAUCGACGAAGAGAAUGGCAGUGUUGUUGGGGAGCUCUCUGGAGGUUAUGCUUUGCAAGAAGCGGCCAACGUCAGACCAGGAUCUAAAACCCCAGUCGAGAUUCAGCUGCCCGGUGAAGGUCAAGGCAACAAGAUUCAGGUCAACAACGUGUCCGAAGAAUACCUAGCCUUGUCUAAGCAUCCAGCUUACCAGAAGUCAACUAUUGUGCAGACUUCGGCCAAAGCUUCGAGGUUGAUCGUCACUAGCUCGAGUGCUAUUGCCAAUGCCAUGACUUCACGUGCCGACAGCUUUACGAAAACGAGCCAACCGAACCCGAAACCGAUGACCUUUUCACCUGCUACCCAUGAACGGUUGAGACAGCUGCACAGCUUGACCACAGGUGCUGUCGGUAUUAGUGCAAAGACUGUAGGCCAAAUCAGCAAGCAUGCUCAAAACAUUGGUGCCAAAAUGACAGGUCAGGGGGACGCACAUAAGAGAGGCUACAAGGACGGCAAACCAGAUACUGGUUACAAGCCUGGCAUCUUGAACAAGUCGAUGAUUGCGUUCUCUACCAUUGCCGACGGUAUUGAUCAGGCAGGUCGCCAGUUGCUUUCGUCUGGUUCCGCCGCUGCCACAAAUGUCAUUGGACACAAAUACGGCGAGGAAGCUGGUUCUGCUGCUGCCAGAGUUGGUGGCGGUGUCAAGAAUGUUGGCUUGGUGUACAUUGAUGCCGCUGGUGUUUCUCGCAAGGCACUGAUCAAAUCCGUUGCCAAGGGCAUGGUCGUUGGCCGAAUGCCGAAUGGCCAGCAGCUGGUCGUGGGCACGGGUGAUGGCGGUGUCGUACCAGCCGAAGCCUACAACCAGGACAUGAAGCCUCCCGGAACCGCCCACGACUAUUACACUGGCUCGUCGCAGGCGGGAGUCAACCAGCCUGGUUAUGGUGUCGAAUCGUACGGAGCACACGCUAAUCAGCCGCCAUCGUAUACAGGAUCUGGUGGAUUAGGCAAUCCUGCCGGCUCUGCCCUGCAAGGACAGCAGUAUCCGCGAGAGAAGCAUACCUACAACUAG